UAUGAUUAUGAUUAUGAUUAUGAAGGAAUUGAAGCUCAGUUAGCGGACAGGGAGCGUGUGAAGGAGAAGUUAGUGGAACUUUUACCAAAAUUUAAACGGAAAAUAAAUAAGGAGUUAGAGGAGAAGAAUAAAACAUUAUCAGAUAACCCUGGUUUACUCCAAUUAUACAAGGAUCUGGUAAUAACACAAAUCAUAUCAGCAGAAGAGUUUUGGUCGAGUCAUGCUUCUCAGUAUAUAAAGCAGAAGCAGGGAGUGUUUCAGGAGGUCGGAGUAUCAGGAUCCUUCUUAUCGGAGAUAAAACCUCAAGCUGAUGGAGCUAAUGGUCUCCGGUACAAUUUAACCCCAGACAUCAUUGAAUCCAUCUUCAAGACCUACCCCGCCGUGAAGAAGAAGCACUUUGAGAAUGUGCCCAGUAAACUCAGUGAACAGGAGUUCUGGACUAAAUUCUUCCAGUCUCACUACUUCCAUAGGGACAGGAUACAUGCGCAGGGGACUACAGAUAUAUUUACAGAAUGCGCCAAGGAGGAUGAUAAGUUUAUGAAGAAGCAGAUGAAGAAGGGUGUAGAUGAAACCUUGGCAGAUAUACAGGGAGGAACAAGCCAGAAUAUAAUUCACCAGAAUAUAAUAAAAAGAUUCAAUCAUCAUUCAAUAAUGGUAAUGGAGGCUGCAGAAAACAAGGAGGCCGUGGAGGAGGCUCAACCUCAACCUCCGAAGGCAUCAAGGAAGAGAUUAAACGAGAAGACAGCUUAUGAGGAUCUUGAUGCCCCUCAACCUAAGAAGGAAUCCAACCUUAGUCUCAGCCGUAUGGAAAGAUAUUUUACUGGCCCUACCCCGGCAGCUAGCCAGGAUUAUCUAACUCAGGAUGAGUUAAAGCGCAGUAGAACGAACCUAGCAGCUGAACUUGAAACCUGGGCAAGCUUUGGUCAAAGUGUUUUAGGAGAACUUUGUCCUGGAGGAAGUAUGAUGACGGGUAGGACAGAUAAACUAGCAGAGCAGUGUCCUGUAUCUGUACAGGCAGAUCUACGACAAUUGUACUCUUCUCUUUGUGAGCUAAUUAGACAUUUUUGGUCCUCCUUCCCACCUACUACUCCUGAAUUACAAGAGAAGGCAAAGAAGAUGUAUGAUACCCUGCAGAAGUUUCAGUCAAUGAAGGUUAGACCGUUUGAGAAGGAAGUAGAGAGACGGUAUAGUGCGGGGGGAGGACUAAUUACUCAGCAUAUAAACAGUAUGCUGGAAGCUGCAUACAGGAAGUACACAACGUGGUAUUCACGCAAGCAAAAAUCCUAGAAACACGGCAUACGUGCGGCAAACCGGAAAAAGAAAUUAUGAGUUGACCACGUGGAAAUGUAGAAGCUGAAGUUCACUUCCUGUUAGUCAACAUUAACAUUUCGAAAACAUUUUUUAAAAGUUCAACAAUCUAUUUUUAUUAAAAUUUUUACAUUUUCAGAAA